GCUGCGCGGGGCCCUGAUAAAUAGGAGGGUUCCUGGCACUGCAGCCUCACAUCCUCUCAGGACUUUACGAAGAACAGACAACCGCAAGAACAACCAUGGAGACUUUCCCAAAUAACGGUGGAUUACCUUCUGCUUUUAACGGAGACAAUGUCCCCACCCAGCAGUCCGACAUGUGGAGACCGUGGACUGGAGAGGACAAGCCUGACGCACACAAGAUUUACUCCGAACAUGGAGACCUCUCUGAUCCAAAAUCCUCAAAACCUCCUCAAUUCGUUCACCCAGUCAAGUUGUAUUGGCCAAAGUCGAGAUGCUUCGAUUACAUGUUCCAGGACGCAGAAAUGCUCCUGCGCAACUAUCCGGUCCAAGCGACCAUCUGCGUCUACGAGGACUCGAGCAGCGAUGAAGACAGCGACGAUGAAGAGGAGGAGAUGGAAAAGGAGCUGAACUAACCGUCAUCCUGCAAAGACUCUCUGAACUGUUCCCUAAUGUGACAGAGCUGAACUAACCGUCGACCUGCAAAGACUCUCUGAACUGUUCCCUAAUGUGACAGAGCUGAACUAACCGUCAUCCUGCAAAGACUCUGAACUGUUCCCUAAUGUGACAGAGCUGAACUAAACGUCGUCCUGCAAAGAC